AUGGAAGAACCCAAGGCGGAAGAAGAAGAGAAACGUUUAGUCUUGGAGCGACGUGCAAAACGUACCCAGGUUAAAGUCAAAUUGUGGACCGAUGAUGAAGAAAAAAAUCAAGAUCCAUUUGCUGACGUUGAAGACGAUGAUGAAGAUGCUGCGUGUAUCUAUUGCAACAGCCUUUAUUCCCAGUCUAAAUCAGGCGAGCUUUGGCUGCGGUGUCAAAAAUGUAAAAAGUGGAGUCACGCAGAAUGCGCAGGGGUCUCCCGUCGCACUAAGUUUUUUACUUGCGAACUUUGUAACUGA